AUGAUUUCCUUAUUACCGUCGGAGCUUAUUUGCAUGAUCACCGAGUUAUGCUCUCUCGGUGCCCAGGCCUCACUAGCCCGGUCGUGUCGCGUGCUCUACAACAUUUGCAAACCCAUACUUUACAGAAACGACGUGAUCAACCACAGAUCCUCGUCCGUCUUUUACUCUAUCGUCUACUGCCGAGACCGGCGCGAUGCGCUGAGGAUCCUUGAGGCGGCGAAGGAGGGUGGAGCUGCCUUUACAAAAUGUCAAGAUGCUCAAAAAUGGCAUCCACUAUCCUUUCACCGCAUCGACGCAACUCUCUAUUCGCCACUUCAUCUAGCAGCACGGAGAGGGCUGGACGAUAUUGUCGCCUAUCUUAUCAACCAUGGUCUUGAUAUCGACGACAAAGAGGGUAUAGACCUCUCCAGGAGAACACCGCUUAUGGAAGCCAUCCUCAAUCACCAGGAACUGACAGCCGUGCUCAUAGUCCGGCGAGGUGCUUCGAGAGGCUUGCGUCCUCCCGACUUGGAAGCAUUCCAAGCCGCUAUACGAGAAGGCAUGACAUACCUGUUAAGAGUCAUGGUGGAGCGGAAUGCAUUAGAUGUCAAUUCUGAAAUUGGAUACGGAUGUACUCCACUGGCGUUAGCUGUCUGUCACAGGAAAGGGCCGGUGAUGACAGCUUUACUGGAACUUGGCGCCCAUGCACUACCUGCGAUGCGGAGGUUUUGCAGUGACAACGCCUUCCUUUCUAUCCUCUGGAUGCUGGACUCAGCCUCAUCGCAUUUGUUGAAAUCAUUAGAGCUCGGCGGGAUGCUGGAGCUUGCAUUUUCGAUUGCCACGGAGCGGGUGUCUUCAGUACAGACUAGCCGGCAAGUCGUUGCGCUGGAGCGACUUCUGAAAUUGCUUUACCGAGAUGGACAAAUGAAUGGCAAUACCGUAUCACUCCCUGCCAGGAAUUUUAGCGAUUUCCUAGACGCUCUCCUUCAGAUGGUGUUGUCAAUCGAUUACACAGAUACACGCCUCGCCGGCCUGUUCCACAGCUGGGGUGCGACGAUCCAGACAGGAGUAUAUCUUCGCUUAAACAAGGUCCUACGUUCUUCAGUCUUCGAGGAGAACAUCCGGCUUUGCCUCCGUCGCCAUCCUGGACUGCUGCACUGUUUCGACUUUGUACACAGUCAUUCUUUGCACUGCCCAGCCUUGGCAGGACGCUGGGCAGUAAGGUACUUUCUUGAUCACGUCCCUGGCUAUAUGCUAUGGCUGAUUCAGGAAUUGAAACAACAAGGCUUUCCUUUGGAUAGGCAUGGCGUGGAGCAGCUGGACCUUUCCAAGUUCAAAGAAGACGGAAGCAUACCAGGAUAG